CUGGUUACAGCAGUCAUAACCGGGGAGGAAUACGACAAUACUGUGGAAUACAGUGUGAGUGGUAUGGAAUUGUCCGAUUGCAAACAAGGGAUUCAGGAUUCAGCACGCUGGAGAGCUCCGACUGAAGGAUGAGAGAUGACAGCAGUAAUAAAAAUUACAGUGUGCAAACUGUGAGAAGUGAUUAAGGCGAUGAAACAAGCAGGAAGACAUAAUGGAUGCAUUUCGACAAGUUAAGCAUACGAUCGUGGAAACUUUGCGCUGAGAAAUGGACUUAGCAGAUAUCCUCUUGGCGCUGUUUAUUAUUUUGGUGGCUAUUGUGUCUCUGUUGUCUAACUUAUUAGUGCUGAUAUGCUUUAUGAACAGUGCCGACAUCCGAAGACAAGUUCCCGGCGUGUUCAUCUUGAACCUGUCGUUCUGCAAUAUAAUCAUGACCGUUUUAAACAUGCCAUCGACAUUUCUGGGUGUUAUUACGAGCCAGAAGCCGUUCGGGGAUCCCAUGUGCCGCGCCGUCAGCUUCCUGGAGACCUUUCUGACUGCAAAUACGAUGCUCACCAUGGCAUCUCUAAGCAUCGACAGGUGGAUCGCUGUCGUUUUCCCCCUGAGUUACACCCGCAAAAUGCAAUACAAGGACGCAGUCGUCAUGGUGUGUUACUCCUGGGUCCAUUCACUCACAUUUUCCCUGGUCGCGGUGAUUUUCUCUUGGGUUGAUUACAGCCAUGCAUACGCAUCGUGUACCUUGAGAUUAAAAGAAGAGGGCGUCAGGAUAAAGUAUACCGCCUUCACCAUCGCUUUCCACGCUACAAGCUUCGCUCUUUCCUUGCUCAUAUUAUGCGUUACGUACAUAAAAGUCUUAAAAGUUGCUCGGUUUCACUGCAAGAGGAUAGACAUUAUAACCGUGCAAACCUUGCUCUUGCUGGUAGAUAUUCAACCAAGUGUCAAACAGCGCUGCCUGGCCGAGCAAAAAAGAAGAAAACAGCGAGCUACUAGGAAAAUUACCGUAUUCAUUGGAUCGUUUAUCCUCUGCUUCGCUCCUUAUGUUACCACACGGCUGGUGGAGCUCCUGCCUCACGUGCAGAUCAGCCGACGUUGGGGCAUCCUCAGCAGGUGUCUGGCAUACAGCAAGGCCGCAGCCGACCCCUUUGUCUACUCCCUCCUGCGGCAGCAGUACAAGGAGGUGCUGGUGCACGCCGUCAACCGGCUGCUACGGAGGGACUUCUUCCCCUCUUCGGGGCGCAGUGGCUCACUGGACACAGAAAAUGACUGCUGCCUCCAGAGGAUAAGCUGAGGAGCAGAGUGGGAGGAGGUCCAAGCGACAGGGAACCCGGCCGGGGAGGGGGCACGCCGUGAGAGGACAGCUUUGGCGGUCCGCGGUAACAGACUCCAGAUUUCCGCGUGUUUAUGUAGAGGUACUCCACUGUGUAGGUAAGAUGCAAUGGAGCCAUCGUCCUUUGGUCCAUGUUGUUUCAAAUACAGUGGUACCUCAGUUCUUGAAC